AUGUUGUUGUUCGGUGAGGCGCCCCAAGACCGCCCAGCCGUCUGGCAUCCACCUCCCGAAUAUCGUGGCUCCUUCACCAUCCUCUCAACAUGUAUCAUCACGCUAGCCCUGUGCAUCUGGACCUCGUUACAUUUGAACAUUCCGGAGCAGCAAGCCAAGAAGAAACGCUCCAACUGGAACCCAAAGGCCUGGGUCACACCGCAGCAAUGGAGGAAGGUGAGCUGGCUGGUUCUAGGCUUGCUGGCGCCUGAAAUGAUCGCUUUUACUGCUUGGGUGCAAAGACGAAAUGCCUACAACCUCACCAAAGAAAUACAAGAGGUCUGGGACGAGCAACUUCGAGGCACUCCCCGACCGUCAACCUCGCCAACCGGUGCACGGGUGUCUAUCGGCGCCAGAAGCAGUCAAGCUAAUCAUGGUGCGCAAUCGUCUCCCGAAAGCCUAGACCGGGGCUCGAUGGGCCAUUUCGGUCUUUUCAGAGACUCUGAGCAGGACAUCGAGCUGGGUUCGAUUCCAGGUCUCGAAGCUCAAUCUUCAGAGCAAAACAGCCAAGCUGGGCGUCUCCUGUCCUGGGUCAGACAACAGGAUCCCGCCGACUACAGUCCCGAGUCGACCACCAAACGUCUUCCAAGAAAACAUCAGUGGACGGUGACGCAUAGCUUCUUCGCCCUCUCGGGAGGGUUUGCCUUUGACACAACCGGCCUCCCCGAGGACCAAAAGUUUCUCCCCGGGUCGCGCAACCGCGUGACGCUCAACCAAAAGGCAGUACUCCUUGUUGCCAAGCAUUUUCCGUCCCUUCUCCCGGACAUCUCAGAAGCCGCCAUCGCAGAUAAGAGUAAAGCCAAUGCCCUUGCCAAGGCCAUUGCGUGCCUCCAAGCAACUUGGUUCGUAAUCCAAUGCCUUGUCCGUCUGACUCAAAAUGUGCCAAUUAGUUUAUUGGAGCUAAACACAUUGACCCAUGCACUCUUCGCCCUGAUUAUCUACGGUUUAUGGUGGAGGAAGCCAUUGGAUGUCGAAGAGCCGACCCUCAUCGACGACGAGAGCGCGCACGGCAUAUGCGCAUUCCUUUGCUGCCUGUCGACGUUUGACGAAAUUUGUGAUGGCAAGCGACUUGAUUUUGAUGAAACACCUCUAAGGUCGCGAGAGAGAUCUCAGCCAUCUGGAAACAUACGCAGUGUUCUAUCAAGCUCUGGAAGCCAGCUUCCUGGAGCUGAACGGCUUGACAAUGGGCAAUGCAUUCCAGACCAGAACUUGCGAAAUUGCUUCAACAUGAGAGAGAGCUGGAGAAUAAAUGGGGGCAACGGUUCCCAAAAUGUCGACUUCAUGACAGGGCGCGAAAUCGACCAAGCACCGGCGGAUUCACAGACAUAUUCGGCCUGA